AUGGUUGGAUUCAGAGGAACUGUGGAACAGCACCACCACAAGAACACCGUUCAAUUGCCUUUGAAGGACUCCGAUGGUUCUGCUGCUGCGACCAUCCCACUGGACAAGUUGGUUGAUUCAAUUGAGGGUCUUCAGGACAAGUCCCGGUUCUGGCUGGCACCAACACUGUGCCAUGGAGCCCUCCAGACUAUGUACAUCUAUGGUGCUGCUGCUGACCAGGUGAAGUUCCCGGUGUACUACGGAAGAAGGGUUGUUGAGCUGCCACAAGGUGGUGUCGUCUCUGCCGAUUAUGUGAUUCCUCAACCGGAGUCUAGCGAAUCGUUCAAGAAGCUCGUUGGCGAGAACUUCCCUGAAGGCUGGCCAAAAUUGCACCCAAGAACUAGAUACCUCUCUCCAUCUGAGGUUGAUGCACUGAAGAGCGAGACCGAGACAAGACCUCUUGUCAUCAUCAACCAUGGCCUAGGUGGUGGUUCUCAUGAGCCUGUUAUCAGAAUGCUCACUUCUGAACUGCACGAUGCUGGAAUUGACGCCGUCGUCUUGAACUCCAGAGGCUGCUCCAGAACUAAGCUCACCACGCCAGAGCUGUUCUCCGGGUUGGCGACUGAGGAUUUGCGUUAUUUCACCAAGCUCAUCCAGAAGGAGUAUCCAAAGAGACCUCUCUUUGGUGUCGGGUUCUCGUUUGGUGCUACGAUCUUGUCAAACUACUUGGGUGAAGAAGCUGGCGACUCACCAUACGUUGCCGCCGCUGUCCUGUCCAACCCGUGGGAUAUGGUUGACUCUGCUUAUCACAUCCAGCACCAGCUGGUUGGUAAGUACCUGUUCUCUGAUUCCAUUGCAUUUGCCCUAUCAAGAAUGGUCAAGUCCAACAGAGAAACCCUGUCCCAGAGUCCAUUGUUUACAGAGGAGAAGAUCCAUAAGAAGUAUCACUCCACAGUGGAGUUUGACAAUGCAAUCACAGCGCCUGAGUAUGGAUUCCAAACAGCGUAUCAAUACUAUAGAGCGGCUUCCUCUGUCAACAGACUGUUGAAGAUCCGUACUCCAUUGCUUGCCAUCAACUCAUCUGACGAUCCUGUUGUUGGUGUCUACUCCAUUCCAAACUUUGAAGCAGAGGCUAACCCAUACGUUGUUCUCAUAAAGACGGACCUCGGUGGCCAUCUGGCCUUUGUCCAACACGAUGGUAAGUCCUGGGCCGUUGAAAGAAUCGUUGAUUAUUUCAAAGCAUUUGAUAAGACUGUCGACUUGACAAAGAAGGUUGAGAGUAGCUACAAGCCAAUGGUUUCAAAAUACGUCGACAAGGUCCACUUCUAA